UGCGCAAAGUCUCUAUUUGUUAAGUGUUUAUUGAUAUCUUUCCUAUGUUAUUUAACUCUAGUAUUAGAUGUAUUAACAAGCAUGGAUUUUUUUCUGACUUAUUUAUUGAUUCAGUGCUAAUUUUAUAAUAUGCCUCGCACAUGAGACCAAACCAUACCAAACCAGCCAGCCAGAGUUCAUUUACGCCUGUAUACGUUGCAGUCUACCUGUGUGUUCUCGUGUCAAGGCAGAGAGCAUGCAAGCUGUGCGGGUGCUGUUGUUGACCCUCUGUGUUACCCUGGGGGUUGGUGCCCAGUCCUUCUGGGAGGGCCAGUGCCCAGUACCUCCUGUCCAGCAGGACUUUAACAUAGCCAAGUAUUCGGGCAGGUGGUAUGGCAUCCAGAAGCUUCCAGCUGUGUUUCAAAAGGGAAAGUGUAGCCAGGCAACCUACACCCUCCAGAGUGACGGACUGGUCAAGGUCCUCAACCAGGGUCUUCUGCCUGAUGGAGAAAUCGCCAACACCAGGGGAACAGCUCGUGUGGCAGAUCUGAGUGACCCUGCCAAGCUGGAAGUGACCUUCACUGGAAGUCCACGUCCGAGGCCUUACUGGGUGCUCGCUACCGACUAUGACAGCUAUGUUCUGGUGUACUCCUGUACCAACAUCAGUGAGCAGUCCUACGUGGAGUUCGCCUGGAUCAUGGGCAGGACUCGCUCCCUCCCUGCAGACAUCAUCACAGAGCUGAAGGACAAGCUUCAUUCCCAUGGCAUCAAGACGGACAACAUGACCGUCACGGACCAGAGUGGUUGUAGUAGCAUGCCAGAGCAGCCUCUUAGCUCGGCUGGUGACGUGAGGCAGGACGUCCCAGAGGUGAGUCAGACUGGAGGCAUGUGUAGUGACAGAAGACAGCAGAGGCCCUUCAUGACUGACCAGCCUGCGCUGCUGCCCAUUGUGCUCAGUCAUCACUGCAUGCCCUGCCACUCAGGUCAUGCUCUCCAUGUUUUUGAGGUUGAGCUUGGCCAUACUGGCACAGUCUUACAUGAGCUGCAAGCAACCUGUCACUGUUUAUCUGCAUUUCAGGUCCAGGUUAGCACUGUCGCCAUGAAGCAGUCCAUCGUCUUGAUCCUGCCCAUUCUCCUGCCUCUCAUCAGGGCACAGGUUCCUCACUGGGGCCCAUGUCCAGACCCUCCCGUGCAAUCUGCGUUCAGCAUGAAAAAGUUCUUGGGAAGGUGGUAUGAGGUUGCAAAACUGCCGGCUCAGUUUGAGAAAGGGAGAUGCAUUGAGUCCAACUUCACCAUGAAAGCAGAUGGGAGUGUUCGUGUGGUCAGCUCAGAGAUACUAAAGGGUGAGCUGAGGGCCAUAGAGGGCACUGCUGUGGUGCAGGACAUGAGGGAACCGGCCAAGCUCGGCAUCAGCUUCUCCUACGUGCUGCCCUACACUCCAUACUGGGUCCUGUCCACCGACUACGAAAACUCGGCCCUGGUCUACUCCUGCACCGACGUCCUGCGUCUGUUCCACGUGGACUUCGCCUGGAUCCUGGGCCGAACCCGAACCCUGCCGGUCGCCACAAUCACCAAGGCCAAGGACGUCUUUAACAACAACGACAUCGACGUCAGCCGGAUGAUUAUGAGCAAGCAGGCAGGCUGUGAGAAGGACUACUGAGACACCAGCAGGAGACAAAAAGAGAGAGAGAGAGCCAGAGAGGAAGAAAGGAAGAGUGGGGAGAGAAGGAAAUCUGGGGAGAGCAAGAGAGGAAGGCAGCCACGCUGGCAGGUCAAGAGGUCUGCUGGACUGGCUGCAGCCUGAGGGGCAUCACUGAUUGUUUUCAAUUAUCUCCAACUGUCACUUUUCCUUUUCAUCCAUUUUGUUUUAUUUUUGUUAUACAUCAUAUCAUUUUAUGGUGAAAGGAGUAAUUUGCUAUGUAAUAUAUAUCAUUAUCUUGUUUCAGUUUUUGUAACAUUUUUAGGGCACAAGUAAUUGCAUCACUAAAAUGGGUUCUGAAAUUUGAUUUAAAGAGUUAAUGAAACAAACUGAAGCCAUGAGAUCCUCCGUGGAGAGAAAAAUAAAGUACAGUGUCAUAACAAG